AUGGACACCCACGAGCCAUCGUCGUCCUCCAGCGACACCCUCCCGUCCGCGCCAUCCCACUCGCGGAGCACCCCGUCGCGCUCCCAGCACUCCUCGCCGCCCCCCGCCCCCCGCAGGGCCCGCAAAGACGCACAGCACGACCGCGACCGCGACCGCGAGUCCGC